GUUAUGCCUGCGGACGGAAAUCAGCAAACCCAGUUCCUCGACCCAAAGACUGCUCUCGAGCACCUCGCGACCUACAAUGACCGCGAUGGCCUCUCCGUCUCAGACCUCAUGAACUCCACAGUUCAUGGAGGCCUCACCUACAACGAUUUCCUUCUCCUCCCUGGAAAAAUCGACUUCCCUGCCUCAGAUGUAGUCACUGAGAGCAAGAUUACUCGGAAUGUCGUCCUCAAGACACCCUUCAUGAGUAGUCCGAUGGACACCGUGACCGAGGGUAACAUGGCUGUCGCGAUGGCUUUGCUCGGUGGAAUCGGUGUUAUCCACCACAAUCAGCCCCCGGAAGCCCAAGCGGCUAUGGUCCGGGCAGUCAAGCGUCACGAGAACGGCUUCAUCACCGACCCUGUCGUUCUCUCGCCUACUCACAAGGUCGAGGAUGUUCUCGACAUCAAGGCUCGUCUUGGAUUUUGUGGUAUCCCUAUCACAGACACUGGUGUCCUCGGUGGCAAACUCGUCGGUAUCGUCACUGCUCGCGAUGUCCAAUUCCGUGACCCCGCUACCAGCCUCUCCGAGGUGAUGACCACAGACCUCGUCACCGCCCCCCAGGGUGUCACCCUCUCCGAAGCCAACGACAUCCUUCGGGACUCCAAAAAGGGAAAACUCCCCAUCAUCGACACCCAGGGCCGCCUCGUCUCCCUCCUCGCCCGCUCCGAUCUCCUCAAAAACCAAUCCUACCCCCUCGCUUCCAAGAACCCCGAAUCCAAGCAACUCUACGCCGCAGCUGCCAUCGGAACCCGUCCUUCUGACCGAGACCGCCUCGCCCUCCUCGUCGAAGCGGGUCUCGACAUCGUGAUCCUCGAUUCCUCCCAGGGCAACUCGAUCUACCAAAUCGAGAUGAUCCACUGGAUCAAGGAGACCUACCCCCGCCUUGAAGUCAUUGCCGGAAACGUCGUCACCCGCGAACAAGCCGCUGCCCUCAUCGUCGCCGGUGCUGACGGUCUCCGUGUCGGCAUGGGUUCAGGAUCCAUCUGCAUCACCCAGGAAGUCAUGGCCGUCGGUCGUCCUCAAGCCACUGCCGUCUACAAGGUUGCCGAGUUCGCCAACAAGUUCGGCGUCCCGGUUAUCGCUGACGGUGGAAUCGGCAACGUCGGCCACAUUGUCAAGGCCCUCGCUCUCGGUGCAGGUGCAGUGAUGAUGGGUGGCCUCCUCGCCGGUACAGAGGAAGCUCCCGGCGAGUACUUCUACCACGAAGGCAAGCGUGUCAAGGCCUACCGUGGCAUGGGCUCGCUUGAGGCCAUGGAGCAAGGCAAAUCGUCCAUCCAAUCCAAGCCCGGCCAGUCCAGCAAGUACCCCACCAAGAAAGACAACACUGUCGAGAACGCUGCUACCUCCCGCUACUUCUCCGAGAGCUCAGCGAUCAAGGUGGCGCAGGGUGUUUCUGGUGAUGUGCAGGAUAAGGGUAGCGUCAAGGCGUUCUUACCCUACCUCCACGUUGGUGUCCAGCAUUCGUUGCAGGAUGUUGGUGUGAGGAGCGUCGCGGAGCUCCAGGAAGGGGUCAGGCAAUCCAAGGUUAGGUUUGAGUUGAGGACGGCGAGUGCUCAGGUUGAAGGUGGUGUACACGGAUUGAACUCCUACACCAAGCGACUCUUCUCUACCUAAGCUUCCCUCCUCUCACCAUCUCAUGAUUACGACCAUCGUUUUGCUUAGUCGCAUAUAUACAAAAAUUUCAUUCACAUGGUGUAUCAGUAGAAUGUAUCGCAGUCCAGGUUCACUUCGUGUAGCAGUGCAAUAGGUAGAUAUGUACAAAACAUCCAAAAAUACCAAUCAUCACCCAGUUUUGGUUU